AUGGCGUCGUUUAAAACGAGCGUUCCUCAAGAAAGGCAAUACGAACAAGGACAUUGGACUUUUAGUGUUUGCGGUCAAAUUUAUCAUUACACCGAAGCGAUACCGUUAAAUCAAGAAAGACGUCAACCAAUUAUGAAUCAAUACUAUUUUGUGGACGCCGACGAGGCGAUCGAUCGAAGAGCAAAUUUUUUAGCAGAUCGCUUGGUAUCUAGAGAAAUAAUCGAACGAAUUGAACUGAUGUUACGAGACGUGAAUCCGUUUGUACGUUCGUAUCAAACAAUGAGAGAAGUUAUUGAUGAACGAAGGGCGCAGGGACAGGACAUCGACGACAUGAUAGUGGCUUUCGUCGAUAAUAACCGUCGAGAUUUAAGACAAUACAAUUUGCCGGAAAGUAGAAGCGAUAUAGCAGCCGUAUUUGUUGGCGAUGAACCACCUUUUAAUGUCGAUUUAAAAAUUUAUCCUAAAAAUGUGAAUGCCGACAGAGAAUUAAAAAAUUUAAAUAGAAUGUCAGAUCCGAUGGUGUAUCCGAUUUUGUUUUCUAAAGGCGAAUACGGUUAUGAUACGGCGCUGCAUUAUAGAACAAGACGGAAUAAAACCGUAACUAUAAGAGAAUUUUAUCGGUAUCGGAUGCAAUUAAGACGAAAUCAAUUUUCCAUUCUUCAUCACGCCGAUAAGUUGUUUCAGCAAUAUUUGGUAGAUGCGUGGUGCCGUGCCGAGGCGAACAUCUUAUGGUGGUACCGAAAUAAUCAACAACAAUUGAGAGUUGCUGGAAAAUAA